AGAUCUCAAGAAAGAAGGAUACCAAUUUCCAUUCAAAAAAGUGCGUGAUUGGCUUAUGAAUCAGAAUGAAUGGCAGAAACAUGCACCGUCACCAAAAUAUAUUCCGCGAGUUAGUUAUGCUCCGGGUUCUUCGAAAUGGGGACUGGCUCCUAUAAAAGCUAUCAGAUUGGAACGAGUGGAAUCUAGGCCAUCUACAAAGUAUAAGCGUCCUGUUGGAAAAUAUGAGGAGAAUUGGUUGAAGAAAGGUGAUACAGUUCGCUACCUGCUCGCUAAUGCAGAAUGGGAAGGUGGUAUGGAAAAUCAGAGACGCGUAACGGAUCCAGUAUUCAGUCCUUCGUUACAUAAAAUUCAAAAAAUUAUAGUGACGAAAAAUGAACCAGUUUUAUAUUACCUUGGGAGUGAUGAUGAUGAAUACGCUCCAAAACGUGGAUUUGUUCAAGAAGAACUCAUGCAUCUAACCCGUGAGCCCGAUCUACCACCCCAGAGUAUAUUAUCGGAAAAGCAACAUACCCGUUUAGUUCAUUUUAUUCUGGUUUUAAAUAAUGAUCUAGAUCAAGCCCUAGCCUAUGCUAAGAAACAUGGUGGAAGUUGUCUUGAAAAAACCGGUCGAAUUAAUGAUGAGGAAGUUUUUCUCUGGUCAUGUGAAAACGGACUCCAUCAAUGGGAAGCACCUUAUAAGACCCAGAAGC